CGAAGUAUAAUCAACAUUCCCAUUAAUUGCACAUAAUAGAAAAGACCGACAAUUUUCGCCCAAAACUAUCCAAUAAAUAUCAACAAUUACCAAAUUUUUUCUCACUUCUCUUUCAUAUACACAUGCUGUGUUAUGCAGUGACUCCUUUGCCAGCCAACCCGGGGAAUAACAUGUUAUUGGCGUGGUUUGUUCUGAUUUGGGCUCUCGUCAGCUACUUGUUCUCGAUCGGAUUCUUUAAGAAACUCGUGAAAUUCGUCAAGUACUUAAUGGUAAUUUACCAAUUACCCGGCCCAAAAAGGGACCCAGUGUUCGGAAAUCUUCAUCAACUUUGGUGUACACCAGAACAAUGUUUUGAGAAAAUGCGGGAAUGGAGCCGAACACACGGACCUCUCUACCUUGUAUCUAUGACAUAUCUGUUUCCUGUAGUUUUUAUUUCUGGACCUGAAGCAUUCGAGAAAAUCGCCGGUACCACAAAAAACAUCCAGAAAGGAUUCGCUUAUAACUGCUUGAAUUUAUGGCUUGGAGAAGGACUUCUUACCAGUUCGGGUUCUCAAUGGCACACGAGGCGAAAAAUAUUAACGCCAGCAUUCCAUUUUUCCAUUCUACAACAAUUCGUCAAGGUAUUUAACAAGGAAACCGCUCGAUUAGUGGAGGUUUUAAAGGGAGAAAUCGGCAAACCUUCUACCAAUGUAGUUCCCUUGAUUUCGCAAUUUACCCUCUACUCAAUUUCUGAAACAUCCAUGGGGACAAGCCUAAACCUGGAUUCCGAACAGGACAAAAACUACGUAUCUGCCAUCUAUCAAAUAGGCAAAAUCGUCUACUACAGGCUCAUGAGACCUUGGACCUAUUCGAACGCCAUUUUCUACAAUCUCUUUCCAACCGGCUACAAAGAGAAAAAAAUCGUUAAAAUUCUCCACGACUUCACCGACGAUAUUAUCGAGAAACGGAGCAAAUCCCUCAACACCUUCGACGAACGCUACAACUAUUCCAACAGGAAAAAAAUGGCCUUUCUGGAUUUGCUAAUAAACGCCAAAAUCAACGGAAAAGUUAUCGACGAUAAAGGCAUCAAAGAUGAAGUCAACACAUUUUUGUUCGAGGGUCACGAUACAAUAGCCACUUCGAUUUGUUUCACGCUGAUGUUACUAGCAAACCACAAAUCUCACCAGGUACUAUCAUUUCUUCUUCUUCUCGCACGCAUAUUUUUCCGACAAAUCUUCUUCCAGGAUCAAAUUUACGAGGAGAUUUGCGCGUCGCUGGGCGACCGCAACCACAAUCCAGAGAUCAAGGAUCUGAACGAGUUGAAGUUCCUGGAGAGGUGCAUCAAGGAGAGCCUCAGGCUGUACCCGAGCGUGCCGCAAGUGGCGCGGUACCUGGAAGAGGACACCUUGGUCGGGGGGCACUUGCUGCCCAAGAACACUCCGGUCCACGUGCACAUCUACGACGUCCACCGGAACGAGAGGGACUGGCCGGACCCGGAGCGCUUCGAUCCUGACAGGUUCCUGCCGGAGAAUUGCGCUAAGAGGCACCCGUUCGCGUUCUGCCCGUUCAGCGCGGGUCCCAGGAAUUGCAUAGGUCAACGUUUUGCCAUAUUAGAAUUGAAGGCAGUUCUGUGUGGUAUCAUCAAGAACUUCAUUUUGGAACCAGUAGACACACCGGAUACAAUCGAACUGGUUCCAGAUUUGAUUUUAAGAACAUCAAAUGAAUCUCUUAUGGUUAAAUUUACUCCGAGAAAUAAUUAA